AUGGAGUGCCUUGCGUUCACUGUCAUGCAGUGGCGACCUUCUCGGAAAAAGACGGUGAAACGGUUAGCAGACAAAAUCAAGCGUAAUGUUCUGCAACCGCUUGCGUGGAGUAUCUUCAUAGACUGGAGCAGAACAGCGAGUUAUUGUGGAAGAGCUCGUGAACUCAUUCCUCUCGUCAAACAUCAUCUCGCAGCCGAUUAUCCUACAACUUCGCAAACAUCUGGGUCUGAAGACCCUACGGCAGACGUUACAGACGAGGAAACCUAUGCAGAAUUGGAUUCCUUCGAAGAAGGUUCCAGUUUUUCAUCUCCAAGCGAAAGCCGUAACGAAUCAACGCCUGCUAAUCAGCCACACAUUUCUUCACGGAAUGUAACAAACAUAAAAGAAGAAGCAGAGUUCGAGUACGAACGAUUCUUAGAG